GAACAAAAGAAAAAUAUUGACCAAAAGAACCAGGAAAUAUCCAAAUUAAAAGAUCAUAUUAAUAGCGAGGCAGUCAAAUCGAAGGAGUUUCAGAUACAGUUGGAGAAAGAUAAGAAAAAUAUUGACCAAAAGAACCAAGAAAUAUCCAAAUUAAAAGAUCAAAUUAAUAGCGAGGCAGUCAAAUUGCAGGAGUUGCAGAUACAGUUGGAGAAAGAUAAGAAAAAUAUUGACCAAAAGAACCAAGAAAUAUCCAAAUUAAAAGAUCAAAUUAAUAGCGAGGCAGUCAAAUUGCAGGAGAUGCAGCAAUCCAUUGAGGAAAAGAAUCAAGAAAUAUCCAAAUUACAAAACGAUGUCAACAAAAGCGAUGUGAAAUUGGAGGACUUAAAGGAGAUUAAUUGCACAUCUUUUGGAGAUGCUCCUUGUGUUCAUAAAAUCAGUUUUUCUCAUUACUGCUUUGAUGUAUUAUGCGACUCGAAGACAGCAGGUCCUGGAUGGACAGUUAUCCAGCAGCGAAUCAAUGGUAAAGAAGAUUUCAACAGGAAUUGGGCAACAUACCGCGAAGGCUUUGGUUCCUUUGAUGGAGACUUCUUCUUGGGCUUGGAAAAGAUCCAUCGCUUAACGAGCUAUAAACCCCAUGAACUCUUUAUAUAUCUGGAGAGCUUUGAAGGAAAAAUAGAAUAUGCGAGAUAUCAACAGUUUGCCAUUGCUGGCGAAAGCGAUGACUUCCAGCUGAGUUUAAGUGGAUUCAGUGGCAAUGCC